AUGUCUAGAUGUCUGAAUAAGAUUUGUUUACAACCAGGUUCUUUGAGUUUGAUAUAUGGGUCUAUUGAAAGACGAUUUGGAUUUUAUCUCCAAAUUAUGCAAAACAAAACAUUUAUUACAGAGAAAUUGAACCUUUUUUAUCCAACAGAAUUAGAACAUCCAAAUACCCAAUUUGGUGAUAUUUUUGAUGAAAAAGAAAGAGACUUGGAGUUUAUAUCAUUCGCAUUCUUUCGUAUAAUAAUGACGUCUGAUGAUAUUAAUAUGAAGUUCCCAAAUGCACACCUCCUUUUUGUCGCAUUGGAAACCCUUUUGUUUGCAAAGAAAGUUGAACGUUUGAAAACGACGAAUUGGCCAAUUACAUUUCUGAGUCAAAUUGGAUUAUCAAAAGGUGUUUAUAAGAAUGUAGUGUAUAACACAAUACCAUUUGCAGUAUGUCUCCCCUUGAUGAGACUUGAAGGCGUCAAAUUGUAUGACGGGUUGUUGUAUUUCAAAGAUGAUUACAUUCAGUUUGCAUGUAAUGCGGCGUUCUAUUUGAAUCUUCAACGAGACCAAGAAGCUUCUAUGCCAAAAAUACUUGAACCACUUGUAAAACAAAUUGAAGCGUUCUUACCAAAAGUUACUGAUGUCAAUCCAUAUAACACAAAUCAAGUGAUGGGAACGUUUGACGAGAUGGUAUUGGAGAACAACCUUCAAGUGCUUCCACCGUGUAUUUACAAAAUUAUCCGACACAUGAAAAUACAAGACAAUAUUAUGUUUGACGCAAGACACCAAAUGGGAGUCUUCUUUUAUCAUACAGGGCUACCAUUGUCGUGUUGGAUCAGGUUUUUAUAUAGCCACCCGGCAAUGGUUGAAAAGAUCAAGAAAGAGUCAGCUAUCGAAUAUUAUUUCAGAUAUUGUUAUGGGACAAAAGGGAUGAAAAUAAUCGAGCCAGCGUGGUCGUGUUGUCAAACUAUGCAGGUCCAAUCACAAAUGAACCAUUAUCACGGAUGCCCAUUUGACUUAGAAAAGCAUAGUGGGUGGCAACUGAAAGUAGAACUCAGAGCUUACUUGAAUGAAUGGAAGAAAGUAAAGGAAUUUGAUGUUGAAUCGUUACUCGAUGAGAUUUAUACAUUGGCUGUGAAUGGACAAAGGCAAAAAAUUUGUGGAAGGCUUUGUGAGUGGGCAACUGGUGACCACGUGAAGAUCAUUGCACCGAAUCAAUUCACACAAACUAUACUCGAACAACACAAUUAA